CAAACAGAUUAGUCCGAAUAUUAACAAGUUCAUCAACACCAAUAGAACAUAUGGAGACUCCACUUUCAUCUAUACCGCAACUAGUCCCAAACCUUACUUCAGCUACAAUGGUUGAUGGAUCCCCACGUGCUGUUGCUCUUGAUACGGAGCUACUUGCGUCCGUCCCAGACAUUAAGCUUCGUCUUAUGUGCAGCUUUGGCGGCCACAUCAUGCCUCGUCCACACGACAUGGCCCUAACGUACUCCAGCGGCGAGACACGUCUAGUUGUUGUUGAUCGACGCUCUUCACUAGCCUCGCUUCGAUCUCGUCUCUCUACUAUGCUUCUCAACGGCCGGUCCUUCACACUCAAGUACCAGCUCCCUAACGAAGAUCUUGAUUCUCUCGUAACCAUCACUACCGAUGAAGAUCUUGAGAACAUGAUCGAGGAAUACGACCGCGCGACGUCAUCAGCAACGACGAGGGCAACGCAUCGGAUACGGUUGUUCCUUUUUGCUAACAAGCUUGAGACGGCUGCUACCAUGGGAUCUUUGCUUAACAGCGCAAAGUCGGAGACGUGGUUCGUUGAUGCUUUGAACCAACCCGGUUUGCUUCCUCGUGGGUUGUCGGAUUCUGCCGCUGUGAAUAACACCUUGGUGAAUCUUGAUGAAGAGACCGAUGUUCAAGAACUAGAAACUGAUGUUGGUGGUGAGAACAACAAGCGAGGAGAUUACAUCACAAACAAUGUGAUGUCUCAUCAGGAGAUGCAUAUGAGUUCGAUGCCUGAUUCGCCUAUGUUGGACACCACCGGUGGUUCUUCCUCUUCUUCUCCAUCCACUGCCAACUUGCCACCGAUCCACGUUAGAGUCAGCGAAGAACAGUUUACUCAGAUGAGCUUUUCAAACGUGCAUACUCAGAGGCCUUUGGAAGAUGGCAUUGGUUUGAUGGAAAAUCAGCCAAUGAUGGUGUAUAACAAUGCACCUAUUGAUAAUGUUACUGCCGUAAGAAAUUGUCAGGCUUCAUCGGAUGACGAUCGAUCAGAUCCCAGUGUGAUGGUUGGAUACAAAAAGCCACCGUUGCCGAUGCAGCCAUUGUUGAUCCCUCUCCGGGGUGCCGGCGGGUAUGGCUUGACAUCUCCUGAUUCUAUUGCAAGUGAUACUAGCAUUUCUUCUGCUACUUCAGUUUCAAAGCCGUUGUACUACCAAGAACAAGCUCCAGCUAUCCCAAAAGUCCCGAUAACACAGCCUGAAACCACAUUGGUCCAAACCAGUCACGGCAUACCUCCGCAUGAAACCACUCCAGUCCAAACCACACCACUCAUCCUGUCUCAGUCAGGUACAUACACAACUGUGGACCAACAACACCAACUCCCGGUUCAACAAUCUAUCUUACACCAAGGUGUUCAGUACAUCCCUCAUCCAUCACAAUGCAUCCCGGUUUACUCUCACCAGCAGCAAAACUACCCGGUUUACGUAAUGUCCGUUCCGCAGUCUCAACAAUAUGUCCCAUCAAGAACUCCUCCGCUCUACCCAAACCCAAGACCUGAAGCCGGUCAAAACGUUUACCAAGCUGUUAUAUCGCAAAACCCUCAGGUUCAUCAGAUUCAGCAACAACAAUUGCAACAGCCAUUGCAACAGCCACACCAUCAAUACAUGAGUUACUCUGGAGGUCCUGUGGAGACAAUGUAUUUCCACGCACAACGUCCUCCUGUUAGCAAUGCUAUUCCAUUAGUUUCUCCGUACCAAAGCAUGACACCUGCGGCAGCUGCAGCCGCUCUAGCUGAUAUGUCCAAGCAGAUGACUCUUAAUAACGACAAAGAACAACAAAAUAUGGCUGCGUCUCAACCGCUUUAAACACUAAAUAGAUGUUGCUUAUCACGCAUAAUAUAAUAAUGUCGAGUCACAACUCAUUAGAUAUAAAUAAGUAGGCUUUUGCUAUAUAGUCUUCUAAAGUGUUUUAAUUACUGUUAGUGUAUUUUUUUCUUGAAAAAUAAAAUUGUUUGGAUGAUUUCUAUAGUAACUAUAUCUGUGUUGUAAGAAUAUGAUAAAUUGCUUGUUUAGAUUAACAAUAAUAUUUUUUUAAAAGUAGACGACUUACAAUUAAGUAGUCAUAGGUUAGUUUUGCAAUUGAAAAAAAAACUUCAAGAUUUAAUUAUACACAGACGACUUAUAAUUCAGUCGUCCACCAGACGACUUAAUUGUAAGUCGUCCAGGAUUUUUUUCCGAGAUUCUGGUCAAA